AUGCUAACUCUUCGGUUAAGGCCUAAACAGAAGCCUGGCUCUGGUUCCAGCUCCUUCUUACCGGAACCAGCCACUUUCAAGGCCAUCCGCCCGCGUUCCAACAAAAUAGGCUUCAUUCUCGUUGCCCUAGUCUUUUUCUGGUUCUUGAACCCUCUUCUGUGGAUAAAAAGUCAUUGGGCUCCUCCAGCGCCUCGGUACCCGCCAGCACAUCCUUACACUUCCGAGCAGGUGAUCGAGACGCCGUCAAAGUAUAUAUAUCCUGCCGUGGAACAUGUUGCUAAACUUAAGGAGCUUGGAGGGAAGAACUUGGUGAGACAGGUGCGGGUGAGAGACGCUGAUGUGCCUGAGAUGGAGAAAACGGUGUUGCAAUCGCUAAAUGUGCUUGAUGAUAAGGACCCAGUGGUUCAGAAGCAGAAGGAGGAGGCGGAUAACGCUAAGCUGGAAGAUGCUUUGGUGAAGAACACGUUCAAGAACCACGACAAGGUUGUGUUUAGACCAAAGUCCAUGAAAAAUUAUCCCAAAGCGGUCAUUGUCACUGCUGUUGACUUUGACAGGUAUUCCGUUGACGCUAUUACCAAGAUCGUGCAAAAUAGAGUCGAUUACGGCCAUCAACAGAACUACGGUGUGUAUGUUCGUUGGGUUCAAGAGUUUAUUCCUACGAUGAACUCGUUGAACUUUUUGACAGACAAGGAAAGAGCCAAGUGGGUCCGUAUUUACUGUCUACGAGCCGCCAUGUUUGCAUUCCCACAUGCUGAAUGGUUCUGGUAUUUUGAUGAAGAUGGAUUUGUUAUGAACCAGAAGGUUGAUCUCAUAGACUACUUGGUGGGACCUGAGGCAUUAAAGAGAAGUUUGCUCUUGGAGCAGCCUGUUAUCCCACCUGAUGGGCUUAUCAAGACUUAUAAGAACGUUCAGCCAGGACGUAUAAGACUCGUGUUUACCCAGUCAGACAGGAAAAUCGAGUCUGGCUCUUUCAUAGUCAAAAAUGACUUCUUGGGCAGAGGUCUACUAGACACUUGGGGAGACCGCUUGUUCCUCAAUUAUAACAACUUCCCAUAUGGUCCAGAGUCUGCAAUCACCCAUGUUCUCCAGUGGCAUCCGUUCGUGUUGAGCAGAACUGCUAUUGUCCCUGCAAGAACGAUAAACUCAAAGCACAGCGAAAAUGCUCUUAAAGAAGAAGCUCAAGAUGAGUUCCACUACUACUCAGGCGAUUUGGUCGUCCAGUGGUCUGAUUGUGAAACUCCUCUUAAAUGCGAGGAGAUUCUUAAUGGUUACCAUGCCAUCUUGAAGAAACAGCAAGAGGUCCCCCAGAAAAAUUAG